UUUCUAGAACCAUCUCUGUUCUGAAGUGGGAAGCCCUUCCCCUUGGAAUGUCUAUUGUUUCAUCAGAGGCACGUGACCCUAGAACCUUGGAUAAUGUUGUUUAGAGCACAGGGGCUGGUGGCCUGGGGCCUGCUGAGGUGAUCUGCUCAGGCUGCCUCCAGGAAGAAGAGCUUCGUAGACAUCUGUGGUGGUUGGUCCUAUUAGACAACCAGGAGGAAGGGAGGCAAUUGGGAACCAAUGGCGGCUAAACUGAUGCUGGAAAUUCUUACUGGAAAUUCUUCUGGGAUCUCCUGGAAUCCGCCUGGAGGGGAAAAUUCUUCAAGUGCCAGCGAAGACACAGAGGUGACAAAUGUGAAGGGAGUCACAGGCCAGAUGGACCACACUGGAUAUGAGGCAUUCCAGGAACCAGCAAUCUCACCGGACCCUGGGACUCUUCUCUCCAAACGGUCUGAGGACUCCCAGAGUGGGGAAGAGGUGGGCAGUUCAGAUGUCCCUGAAGACAGUUCCAUCAGGAGUCCCAGUGAUUCGAGUGCCUCCAUGGGGUAUUAUCCUUGCUACCGGACUUAUGAAGAAUUCUUAGGGAAAACCGGCCCAUCUCUAACGCUCACAAGCAGUGCCCAGUCGAACAGGAGAGAUGGCAGCAGCUGCAGUAGCGGCCAAAAGCCCCCGGAACAGGCCUGGCAGUCCUCCAGUUUCACCAUGGAGAGCCACCCAAGGAGCUGGGAGAGCGUGAACACAUUAACCCAAAGUAAUCUCAACAUGCCAAAAAGAUAUCAGAGUCACCUGGGCCUGCUCCCCUCCACACAAGGAGAAGGAGGCCUGGGGGAGAAGUUGGAACCCAAGAUCUUUGAAAUACUGAGUCCUCCUGCCCUUCAGCAAAAUAUGGGGGGAAAGCUGGAGCCAAUCCAAAGGAAAUCUCCCCAGCUGAAGCCUCUCAGCAGCCCCAAAAGAACCCAAGAGAAAAGAAGGCGCAGAAAAAAGCUUGAGCUCCAGGACAGCAGCCAAGAAGACCUCUCCUACCAGGUGCAAGGGGAAUGGAAGAGUAAGUCCGCUGAGCUCCUCCCAAAUAAGGAAUCUUCUCCAGACAACCCCCCAAAGGCUUCUUCCGCAUCCAGUUUCAGCCGCCUCGUGCGCUGGAUUCGCCACACCUUCUCAAGGACGAGGAAGGUGAACCCUCAGAGAGAAAGAGGUGAGCGAAAAGGAGAGAGAAAUGCCCCAGCAGAAGACAGGUCCCAGAACUCUAGAAUCUGGAGACUCUGGUGCUUAAGAAGAAACCAGGCACCAGCCCUCUAGACCCUGGACAGCCCCUUGUGUUUGUGUACAUCCGACGUUAUGGAAAAUGAGAUUCGUGCAAUCUGAAAAUGAAAUACAUUCACCGAAGAACAAGUGCAAAUGGCUCUGAUUCCAAAUUGCAUGGCAUUCUGAUUACUUAUUUUUGCAAAUAAAGACUAUUUCUGUGUCAAC